UAAUAUGAUUCUCAUCAUAUUAGAAUUAUAAUGUCAAUGUUGGCACCUUUGAAUGUGGAGCGGGCAGUGUGUGUCGCUGUCAUUGGUUGGAAAGAGGUGUAGACACGGGUUGUAUUCCAGUUACUGUAUAAUUGUUAUUGGCAUAUAUGACAAGAAUUGUAAUUAUUAUUGAGAUACAUAUAUUGUUUUCUUACUUAUUAACAAGUUUGGUAUUGGUUAGUAAUGUGUAUUUGUUUGUCAAGAGGAAGUUUUCUUUUAGGGUCUGUGUAUGUAACACGGAUAUAUAUUAUACCGCACUCAGGGUGUAGGGGGAAGGUAGGCAGAGGGACAGUUGGUGCCUGUCAGGGGUGAGUGGCGGUUGUUUGACUGAGGUGAGUUUUGUGAUAACAUUAUUUCUCUGAUUUGUUUGACUUAUGUUAUGCCGCUGAUUGUGCAUAUUGGUUGGUGUUAUAUUGAAUGCGGUGCUGAUAGGAGGAUUUGAUUAAGUGUAACUUUGCAGCAUAGUUGGGGUAAUGCUGUAAUCAGACAUAUGGUGAAGUCUGCCUUGGCUGAUGAUGGGUGGUCAUUUUGCUGAAUCAAUCAAUAAAUCAAGAUACAGCAAGUCAGCCCAAUCAUAGUCAUUAUCCUACACUACAAUUCAGCAAAAUUCGCAGAGCAGCCAUGGAUGACUUGAAAAGGGAACGUGCUAAUGCCAAGAGGAGAUUCACCAGGAAGGUGGGACUCUUCAAGGAUGCACACAAGAGAGGAGACUCCACAGCAACCCUACAAGUAUUGUAUAGUGAAGUUUGUGAUUCUUUCAAAGUAGUGGAUGUGGUGAAUGAGAAAAUUAUUGACCUUUUAGAUGGUAGUUCAUCUUGCCAAGAGUAUGAAGACUAUAUCAUGGAAUUGGAAACUAUAAAGUGCACUCUUCUUGAGACAUUAAAAGAAAAACCUAAGGCUGUACUUGCCAUGAAAAAAAUUGAGCCUCCUAAAUUUGGUGGAUCUGUAAGGUCAUUUCCCUCAUUUAUUAGGGAUUAUACAAGACUGGUUGAAUCACAACAUGGUGAGGAUCCCUAUGUACUCAGAAUGUCACUAGAGGGGGAACCCAGGAGACUUGUAGAAGAUGCUUAAGGACUACAGAUGUGACUACAGAUCCAGAGUUAAUUAUCUUUUGUGAUAGUAGCAUGAAAGCAUAUGGAGCUGUAGCUUACAUUAGGUGGAAGAAGCAGAAUGGCACAUAUUGUGUAAAACUCUUAUGUUCAAAGAAUAGAAUUGCUCCUAUGAGGCAAAUCAAUAUACCUAGACUGGAAUUGUGUGCUGCAGUUUUGGCAAGCAGAUUGAGAGUAUCCAUUGAAGGAGAAAUGAGAUACAACUAUUCUAGGAUAAUCCACAUCACAGAUAGUGAGAUUGUAAGGGCACAAAUCCAAAAGGAAUCACAUAGAUUUAACACCUUUGUUGGAAGUAGAGUUGCAGAGAUUCAAUCAAAGACAGAGCCCAUAGAAUGGUAUUGGGUAUCUUCUAAGGAAAACAAUGCUGAUUUAACCACCAGGGAAUGCAGUCCCUUAGAGUUAGGGACAGGAUCUGUAUGGCAAAGUGGUCCACAAUUUCUCUAUUGUGACUUCUCAGAAUGGCCAGUUAAACAGAAUACAGUGUCUGAUCUCCCUGAUACUGUGUUUGCAAAGGUAACCAUGAACACAGGAGAGAUUACUACACCUAAUGAGUUAAUCAACAUCCAAAAUUUCAGCAAUUUGAAACGGCUUUUGUCGGUAAUGGCUCGAGUCAUAAAUGUAGUAAGAAAGAGAUCAUUUAAAGCUAUAAUAUGUGAUCCUAAUGCAGAGGAUAUACAGAGAGCAGAAUUAUUUCUUGUUAAGAACGCUCAAACAAGCCUGCCACAAGACUGGGAAAAGAAAUAUAAACGUCUAGGACCAAGGAUGAGAGAAGAUGGCAUUAUCACUGUGGGAAGUCGAAUGUCAAAAUGGGUAAAAGACAAUUGGAAUUGUGAUCAGUUCAUGUUACUCCCAUCAAAGCAUCCAUUUUCUGAACUGUAUCUGUCCCACAUACACAAGGAAGAUCAUAGUGGAAUAGAAGCGGGCCUUGCUAGAGCUCAAGUGAAAUACUGGGUAUUAGGUGCGAGGAAGACAAUGAAAUCUAUUAGAAAACAAUGUGUAACUUGCCAUAGAAUAGAUAAGAUCUGCACAUCCCAGUGUAUGGGUGAACUACCUAAGGAAAGACUAGAGCCAUGUCCACCAUUUUACAAUGUAAGUGUUGACCUGUUCGGUCCUCUUUGGGUUUGUGAUACGGUGAAAAGAAGAGUGAAAAGAAAAACGUUUGGAGUAAUUUUCAAUUGCAUGACAACAAGGGCUGUACAUUUAGACCUUUCCAAAGGUUAUGAUACUCAAAACUUUCUUACUGUAUUGAAGAGAUUCACUUGUCUUAGAGGAUUUCCCAAAAAAUUAUAUUCAGAUAAUGGUACACAGUUAGUGUAUGCAAACAAGGAAUUGAGAGAUAUGGUUACUCGGUGGAAUAAGCAUGAAGUGUUCAAUUUUGGAAAAUUUAAUGGUUUAAUCUGGGUAUUCAAUAGAUCAGCAGAUGCCCCUUAGGAAAAUUCUUGCAGUGAAGCGUUAAUUAGAUUAGUCAAGAGAUCUCUCACUAGAAUCAUAGGUGAAUCAGUCAUAUCCUUUGGAGAACUACAGUCUGUUAUGUAUGAGGUGGCCAAUGUAUUGAAUGAACGGCCUAUCGGGUUCAAACCAGGUGAAGAUUUUGAUGAAGGGACUGUAUUGAGACCUAAUGACUUACUACUGGGUCGAUCUACCAUUGAUGCUCCUUGUGGAUUUUGGAAUGAACGGGGAGAAGUAAGUAGAUCAUAUGCAUUUAAGAUUAAGGUCAUUGAUUUAUUUUGGAAAAAUUGGAUGAAGAACUACUUUCCUACUCUAAUUGUACGCCAAAAGUGGCAUGUGAGUGUAAGAAAUGUUCGGAAGGGUGACAUUGUACUUGUUAAUGAUCAUAAUGUAUUAAGAGGAGAAUGGAAGUUAGCGGAAGUUGUAGAAGGUAUACCAGGAAGGGAUGGAAAGAUCAGAGAUGUGUUGUUGAGGUAUAAAAUUAAUGAACCAGGAAAACAGUACAGGGGCCAACAUGACAAGCAAAUGGUAAGAUCAGUACAUAGACUGGUGGUGUUGCUCCCAGUCGAUCAACAAUAGAAGUAUAGAAGCCUUUGAUUUGUGGUGGGGGGAGUGUAAUAUGAUUCUCAUCAUAUUAGAAUUAUAAUGUCAAUGUUGGCACCUUUGAAUGUGGAGCGGGCAGUGUGUGUCGCUGUCAUUGGUUGGAAAGAGGUGUAGACACGGGUUGUAUUCCAGUUACUGUAUAAUUGUUAUUGGCAUAUAUGACAAGAAUUGUAAUUAUUAUUGAGAUACAUAUAUUGUUUUCUUACUUAUUAACAAGUUUGGUAUUGGUUAGUAAUGUGUAUUUGUUUGUCAAGAGGAAGUUUUCUUUUAGGGUCUGUGUAUGUAACACGGAUAUAUAUUAUACCGCACUCAGGGUGUAGGGGGAAGGUAGGCAGAGGGACAGUUGGUGCCUGUCAGGGGUGAGUGGCGGUUGUUUGACUGAGGUGAGUUUUGUGAUAACAUUAUUUCUCUGAUUUGUUUGACUUAUGUUAUGCCGCUGAUUGUGCAUAUUGGUUGGUGUUAUAUUGAAUGCGGUGCUGAUAGGAGGAUUUGAUUAAGUGUAACUUUGCAGCAUAGUUGGGGUAAUGCUGUAAUCAGACAUAUGGUGAAGUCUGCCUUGGCUGAUGAUGGGCGGUCAUUUUGUGAGUACUAUUUUAUAUGUAUCGUGUGUCAUUGCAAUAGUGAAUAAUAGAAUGGGAUAUGUGUUCAUCUUAUGUUAUUCUUCUGUUUACUGGGUGAAGUUACAAGAUAUUGAAGGGAGUUACAUGAUAUUGAGGUAUGCUGUGUUUAUGUUGACAUUAAAUUUGCAGGCUGAAUCAAUCAAUAAAUCAAGAUACAGCAA